CGUGGGUUCCGGAUGGCCCAGCAGAGCAAUAAUGGAACCAAGGUUCCUGGGACGGAAGACAGAGGCAAUCUCUUAUUCAAACUCAUGCCACUCUCGUAGCGGAAUAGCCUUUAGUGCAAAGAAUAAAAAUGUCUUCGGAGAAAGAUAUCAUAGAAGUAGAGCUCAAGAAGCGCCGCCCUGGUUGCACAGGGAUGUUUUGGAGACCCGACCCGACAGGCGCUGUAAGUUUAGCAAGCAAUGAUAAUUGGCCGCGGGAUGGAGCGAAAUUACGUGGACGCUCAGUUGAAGUCGAGAGCAAGAAAUGGCUUCUAGUGACAGAAAUUCUACAAAAAGGAUCCUCUGAAUGGAUCCGUGCUCCUGUGGGUGCCGCUAUGCCAUUCGAAUACGACAACCACUACUAUUUGGAAUGAAAGUGGGCUAACGAUCAAUGGGCAAACCGUAAAGAACAUUAAAGAACAAGAAACGUGAUCAAGGUUGGCAAAGAUGGAUAUACGAGGAUGGCAAUCUUGGACGAUUUGGAAGUAUUGGAUUCUUCAUCUUCCUCGAAACUAUCAAGAAUAGCAAACAAUGUGUUCUAUGCGGUGAUGCCACCUACCAGUAUUCACCAGAAGCUAUUUAGUACUACUAUAAUAUUGAUUGAUAUUCAAUUCAAGCGCUAGCUGGAGAAAGGAAUCUCGAUUCCUUCGCAAUCAAGCUCCAACAAAUUUGUCUUGCACCCCAUGAGAGACGAAACACUUGGUAUUGUUCUACCAAAAUCACCGUACACAAAUUCCUUAACAUAUGUUCCGGCUUGUGUGCUCAGUUCCAACCGAAAAUGGUGGUCGUCGACCCUCGUGGCCUUGGCAUCCAACACAUUUCGGUCUCGCACAGAGUUCGAUCGGCGGUGCAUAACUCGAACAGGUGUCUUUUGUUGUAUGGCAAGGGGAAAGAUUAAAUCCUUGAAUAUUAUUUGCGUCAGUUCAUUGCCUCCAUUAUCGUCGAAAGGCAGAGUAUUUUUUGACCAGCAAUAGCAUCCGUAGUGCUUUGUCUUGGAUUCUGUAUCUCCCUGUAGACCGGAGAAGGUAGCUGCAGGAACCACUCGGAAGAUAUCUGGUGAAAUCCCAACUCCCAUUGGGUUUUUUCCAUAGUAGCUAACUCCUUCGUUGCGACCUGAAUCGUUUCUAGAAGCAGGCAGUGCUGUUGUCGUUUUUGAUUCUGCGGAUGAGUGGUUGAUUGUUUCUAUCAAACCUUUUAGUUCAAUCGGGGAUGCAAUGCCUUUCAAGGCGUCUAUGAUCUGCACACAGAAGGGUCGUCCGUGACAGGUUGGUGAAUUUGAUCGAACCAACAUUCGCACGUCCAUAUCUUCCCUCCCAGAUGCGUGGAACUUGAUCAUACCGUACAAGACUCCGCCGCCACCACCAGUGUUGCCCACCAUAGUCAGACUAUCGUUAGAAUCUGGUAAGGUUAUAUUAUUUCGGGUCGAGACUCCCAAAAGAUCCUUGAUGGGACCGCAGAUUUGUUCUUCUACUGACGUUGCACCCAAAGUCUGUGCUUCUUUCUUCGGGAGAGGUGCAGUGACGCCUCCGUCGUUGUUACUUUUUAUUGCAUCGUAUUCCUCAUUCGCAACAGAUUUUGCCCCACUUUCUACUGCGGGUGACGACAGUUUUUCCCUCAUGACUACAAAUGGUGUCUGUGACACGUCGCGUCGCGAUUUGGUGUAAUAUCCGUACAAAUACAUGGGCCUCCGAAAAACUGCUACCUGGUAUUCCAUUUUCGUCAUCGUCAUUGAGUUGUUGGGGGCGCUAUCGUUGAGAAAUAACAUUGCUAAGGAAGG